AGGCGAGUCAAGUACAGCCCGGAUAUGGAAUAGUCUACCUAACGAAUUAAAAAGGCUUUAUCCUUCCCCGUCUACAGCAGACUUUAAAACAUCUGGGACCACUAGAUAUAUCAUUAACGCCAUAUUCGAGAUGGAACCUCCAAGAGGAUAUGAUGGCAGGAUUUCUUUGCCACUUCCCCCGGUAAGACAACGAAGAACAUCACCCAGUUGGAGAUCUCUUUGUCAAGUCUUCAAGGGUAGCUGCGAAUCGUCAAUAGGCAGUAAUUCGUCAAUCAGUUGUGGAAAUUCCAGCAAUUCCUCGUCAAUCUCUUGUGCAAAUUCCAGCAGUGACAUCAUACCAUCGUCCAACUCAACGACUAAAAAUCCUUCUGUCAUAUCUAAACACAAGUGCAAAUGCAACACAAAAUGCAUUCCUGUGAUUUGUCUUCUCAUUUUCCUGCUAUCAGCUUUCAUGGUUGCUAUUCCCUUUAUACUUUACGACACAGAAGAAGACGCGUGCCAACGCCUUCCCAACGAAAUAAUUUGCCCUUUUAAACAGGAAUAUUCCAGGAUAGAUAUCCUGAAUCCACUGGUUCACUUGGAGAAUGGCGGUGGUCGUGUUUCCUUUGAUCUAAAGGACGGUACUGACAUCGUACUCCAGGGAUUUAACAUCCGUGUAGCGAAUCAAAAAGUUUUCGUUCGGAAACAAUCCCCAGAUUGUGAAGAGGAGGGAGAAUAUCCUGUCAAAUUUAUCGAUAGAAAUGUAAACGACACGGAAUUAAAAGAAAGCAGAUUAUUGCUAAAAGUAAAAGAUUGGAACAAUGCUAUGAAAAUGGAAAUAACCCCUUUUACAAAUAUAUCAGACAACAAAGUUUAUGUUCAAAUUGUCUGUUCUGGAUACCACCGAUGUGGUACAGUUGUGGUAAAUAUCGAGCUAAAGUUAUCUGACUACGGCACAUCUUACAAACCCAUGAACUGUUCGAGAACCAAUGCUGAUGGCGAUGUCUUCGACAAUUACGGAUACGCUUGCACUAUUUUUAUGGAUGUAGAUAUGUUUCAACGGACAGGCAGCCUUAAAUGCAAGCCAAUGGUGGAGUCUCUAGAAGAUGCAACAGCCGACUAUCUCUCUCAUCAAUCUGUGGAUGUUUAUAAUUCAACUGAAUCACAUUUUCGCUUGAAGAAAGGACAGAAUGCGACGAUAAAGUGGAAUGUGAAUGUACAAAAAUUGAAAGAUAUACGUCAACUUCAAACAAACCUCAACGGAUUAUACCGCCCAAGCGGCUUAGCGACACACGCAAGAUUUCAACUAUUCGUCAGCAUUAAAGGGUACGUCGCUACUUGUGAAGUGAGGUUACGUCCAGUUACCUGCAUUGACGUCGGUCCGUGGGAGCUUCAGAUGCAAAAUGGUGACACUCAAAAUAAGCGAAUUCAUGUGGAAGGAUUGUCUACAUUUACAGCCUGUCCAGACCAAAUAACUGUACUCGUUGGAGGACAACUGAACCUUGUGUUUCAUACUUGCAUACCCGAUGGCUUCAAUACAUAUUCUGUAGAUAUGUGCGGAAGAACAAACAGAAGCGGAUCGAUUCAGGGAAAUGCAGCCAUAGAAAUUUCUGAUCAGCGAUCAGAGUUUCGUGGUAGCUUGGAACUAAAUGAGUUAUCGGUGACGUUUAAAAUGUGGCACGUCACGUGUGCUGACCACAUGGAAAACUUUAAUUUGGCUUUAGGAACAACAGGAGCAGCCACUUCGGAACAGUUUCUUUCCUUUGCAAACGUUAUAGGCCGUUAUGGGAGGUUUUCAACUGGAGGUGAUUUCAGAGAAAACUUCCCAUCAGUUGUUAAUCUGCGGAUCCACUUGGGCUGUAGACCGCAAAAACUGGAGAUCAACGUUAACGGAUCAUUUCUGGCGGAUGCGUACAACAUAACGGAAGACAGCAGCACUGGAGAGAAAAUGUUCAGUAAAUCGUUUUCCUUUCCAAAAGUAUCAAUGCUCGAUAAUGGCACCACUGUCGCCCUGUACAGUAGCUUCAUUGACGACCAAGGAUUCCCAAAAAACAUAAGCAUUGAACAAGAUAUCCGAGUCGUUCCAGAAAAUUUUUGUCAAGAAAAGCCUUACGGUUGUAAUUACCGUCAUCCAUACAACGCAAACAUGAUGGUAGCCUGUGGCGAAGGAAUUAUUGCUGCUUUUCGAAACUGUCAAACGGGACUCGUGUUCUCCAAGUCGAGUUGUGUUGGACAGUGUUGCCCGGAGGGUUCAACAACAAACUGUCAACGACCAUAACACAAGAGUCAGCUAUCGGAAACUAUUAUACACCUUUCAUCAAUGAUGUUCUACUAUAACCCAUGACAAUAUUGUCGUAAAAAUGGCCGUAUUUUCAAAACUCAUCACUCGUUUGCCCCAACUCCUGUCUCAUCUGUCGUUUAAAAUGACUCAAGAUUCUUAACGUCAACUAUUGUAGCUAAUUAGUUUAUUAGUAUAAAUAUUGGUUCUAGCAUCAUAAACUUUGACUCAGUUGUCAAAAGCAUGCCUCUUUUUAGCAGAUUAUCAUUCAACCAUUAUCAAACGUGAACUGCAAUUAUCCACAAGACUUGUGUUUCGCAAUCCGUAACUUAAUUACUGUCAAUUAAAAGCUUGUCUCAAUCAUCAAUAAACAUAAAGCCGCUACCGUGGGCGGUACCCUGAACUGACAUCACAUUAAAUAUUCCCUUAACUAUAUAUUUUCCUAAAGUUCCAUUGACGGUUUAGUAGGAGAUCGUUUUUUUAUCAUUUAUUUAUUUCCUUUGAGGCGGGGUCUCUUUGUGUAAUGGUGUUUGCCCAAUGACACAGUUACGGCAGUACAGACCAACCCGUUUCCCAGAUUCCAGAAAAAAAAGCCCAGACUAACAUGCAUAGGAAGCGUCUUAACACAUACGUUUUACUGUGGUCGAAACAGGUCACGCAAAUUCCUGGUUGUUGUACUUUUUACUUUUUCAAGUUAUUUUUAUAAGUCCUAAUAGAUCAGAAAAAAAGAUUGCUUCAACUCGUUGUGCAACCACAAUUUAUGACAAAUGUGUGAAAGUGAGCACAACGGUGUUAAAUCAUGUGGUUUAGCAUCAUUAUCUUUCAUAAUUUAUCUGUUUUUAAAGUCAUUUGUUUAAACUUACUAAUAUACUUGUUUUAUCUACAAAUAUUUCUAGUUAAAACGGAAAUUUGCGUUGUUUUAUAACCAUAGAUCAAUACAUUUUUGUAUGUGUUGCAACUUGUAAAUUCCGAUGCCGUCACAUUGUUUACAGGUCUCACGCUGGUCGAAGGCUUAUUUUGUGAUUUUCAUGUUUUUUGUUAUUUUUUCAUGUUUACAAUGAUUAGUUAUGAUAAAAAAAAAACAAAAAAAAACAAAAAAAAAAAAACACCAAAGAAUACUUGGUUGCAUGAUGCUCAUAAAAUGUCAUUUUUAACUUGUGUUUGUGAUCCAAACUUUUAACAACAAUUAGUGUGGUAACUUUACCACAUUUUUUAAUCUGCAACCUAAAACGUUCUACACGAUGAAUUUCAAAGGUGUAGGGUACCUUCGAAAUUCAUAUCAAUUCAAAUUUGAAUCAAUAACCAUAUAUAUUGUGUUCGUGUAUCAAUGUUGUUUUUGUUUUUAUAUGCUGAUAUCGAUACUUAGAAAGUUCCAAUUGAGUAUUAACACCUGCUAUAUGUAUCGUCCUAGAGUACCCGAUUACCGAGAAUCAACACUGAUUAAACAGAUAAGGGCGUGAUGGUAUUUGCAAGUGAACAACGAAAAGUAGUAUACAUGUCAAACACGGUUAUUUUUUUUAAAUCAAUAAAUUGGCACUUCUUCAAUUAACACGUUACUAACGCUGUUGAAUAACAUUACACGGACAUAAAUAAUGCACAGCAUUUUAUACUGUUUCCAAGUACAAGAACAAAUGUGUCCCGAUAAAUUGCACGAAUAAAUAAACACUUAACUAAUUGCUCUAGCUAUAAUUAAAGUGUGAAUGUUGUCUUUCGUUCCGGUAAUGUGUUCAAGUGAGAACACGAGAACCCCAGAAAACGUCCAGAUACGGACGCUAAUCACCGAACAUUGAAAUGCGGUUGUGAAAACAUACACAUUAAGAAGAAUGUUGUUACAUAUUGUAUUUAUUAAAACAUUUUCUACCACAAUACCCUGUGUUAUUCAACUCUCAGACCAUCAGUUAAUCAUCACAGCUGUUGAUUAAAAAUCUGUUUAUACCACAUGUGGUAUAAACUCUGUACGCGUUUUGAUUGGCUAACGCGAUGAACUUUGACCCAAGCUGCAAUUGUUAUUGACGUCAUCAAUAAUCUAAUGACGUCACAUCACCGGGUCCCGGACGUCACCGUUACACUUUAAUUGCAUACGCGAAAUUAUACUUGGCCACGUUUCCCUUUAAUUUAAGCCGAUACCAUUGUGGUAGAAACAGGUCACACGACUCGAAAUUGUUGGAUAUGGAAUUUAUUUCACAAGAGUAAGUUAUUUUUUAAAAGCUGCAAAAACCACUCGCUAAAGCUGGUGUCUUUUGUAACUUUAAAAAAAUAACUUACUCGUGUGAAAUAAAUUCCAUACCCAACAACCACUCAUUGCGUAACCUCUAUAUCAAUUAUAUUAUGUUCAGUUUUAAAUGCAACAUUUACCUACUUGUGAACGUCGUCUGUUGACAAAAAAUGUGAAUUGAUAGAUUACCAUAUUAACAGUAAAAUCAAAAUAGUGGUGCGUAUUGUGAUAUUGUUUUCAAUACUUACCUGUAACAGGUAAGCGGUUGUUUAAAAGUGUGUUAACUAUUUUAUUACCUAUUUUCGAUGUAUCACUAACCAAAGUAUCUGGUAGGAUGUAAGCAUUGAUAAUUCCGUCUUUCUGUCAAUAAACAAGUUUAUUAUGUU